AUGUAGUGAACAGCGAACGUGGGUUGUUAGUGAUGUUGAAGAAUUGAGAUCUGUUGACAAUCUGUAUGUUGUGAUGAAAAUCGCCCCAAGUCUUCAUCUGUCUUGCUUGAGCAUAGAUAAUGAUAUGAAUAUCUUGAAAAGAGAAGUAGAACAUGCUGAUAUAAGGAAAGCUCUUGCUUUUUGGUGUGAGAUGAACAAAUUCCAAGGGAUCAUAUACCCAACUGAAAAUGACUAUAAGGCAGCUAAAGGUGAUGAAGUUCAAAUUAAAAAACUAGCCAAAAUAUUAGCUGAAGCUCGAAUUAGAAACAAAAAGUGUCAGCCAGAUGGAAUUUGUGAUGAAAAUUAUGGAAAGGAAUCACAUUCAUCACCGGGUGAUAAUAAGGAUGAAAGAACAUGUUAUAAUGCUGCUGAAUUUGAAGCAUACCAUGAAAUUGAUUCAAGAAAACCAGAAGACAAAGUCCUAAAAUUCCGCGUCACUUGCAUUCGCAAUGGGACACAUUGCUUUGGCUCUCAAGAUGCAGCCUACCAUGUAGGGGGAAGACUUCAGGACAUGUUUCACUGGAUUGUUGACCUUAAUUUUUAUGACCUUGAAAUAAUGCUGAACAUAAGAGAAGAUUCAAUGUAUUAUGGGAUGACAUUGACAAAAGAAUCAAAGCAUCAUCGAAAUAUUAAUUUCUUUGGUCCUACAACUCUACGAGCAACCAUCUGUUACAAUAUGUUGCGACUUGGACGACCAAAAGUAGGUGAUAUCAUCAUUGACCCUUUGUGUGGUGGUGGAUCCAUUCCCAUUGAGGGUUCAUUAGCCUUUAAAAAUUCAUAUUUUAUCUGUGGUGAUAUACAUGAAAAGGCUGUCAACCGAACACAGUGCAAUUUGGAUCAUCUAGAGUGCGGUACCCAAAGUUACGUGGAUGUCCUUCAUUGGGAUGCCACCAAUCUUGUUCUACGAGAUUCAUCAGUGGAUAUUAUUGUAACAGACUUGCCAUUUGGGAAACGCAGCGGAUCAGUGUUUGACAAUCGAACAUUGUACAAACAAGUACUUCUGGAACUUGCUAGAGUUGUACGUUGUAAAACUGGGCAAGCCAUUCUUCUAACACAUGACAAAAGAAGUAUGACUGCAGCACUCAUGUUUACUGCUGGUCUUUGGAAACUUACAAAGAAAUUGAAGAUAAACAUUGGUGGCUUAGAAGCAGGCGUGUAUGUUCUGUGGCGACUCAAAGAAUCUGCAGCAGGAUUGUCAGCUGCUCCAAAGAAAGAAAUAUCCCAAGCCCAUAAGAGGCAAUGUUCCUCUUAGUGGGAAAAUAAAUUAAUGCAGACAUCUCAGUAAUUUUUAUCGUGUUUCAUAAAAUGUAACUUUAAAAAUAAAGUGUUCUAUUUGAUUA